GUGCCACGGGCCACGGCCCCAAGAUAGCGAGCGGCAUUCCACCGGCAGCACCCAAUCCGUCGCCCAAGCGAACCAGGGAGCCAUGGCUGCGGCGGCGGCGGCGGCCGGGACCGAGGAGGUGCCGAACCGGCGGGUCAUCCUGAAGCGGCACGUCACGGGCUUCCCCGCCGAGGACGACAUGGAGGUCGUGGCCGGCGCCGCGCGCCUCGCCGUGCCGCCGGGGUCGGCGGCGGUGGUGCUCAAGAACUUGUACCUGUCCUGUGACCCCUACAUGCGCGGCCGGAUGAGCAAGCACGACCGGCCCAGCUACGUCCCCGACUUCGUCCCAGGGGAGGUUUUGGCUGGCCACGGUGUGAGCAAAGUGGUAGCAUCUGGGCACCCGGAUUUCAAGGUUGGCGAUCACGUCUGGGGCAUAACCGGAUGGGAAGAAUACACUCUCAUCCCAAAUCCAGGGUCCCUUUCCAAGAUCAAUCACCCGGAAAUGCCUCUGUCUUACUACACAGGUGCUCUUGGCAUGCCUGGGCUUAGUGCAUACGCUGGAUUUUAUGAUGUGGCCAAGCCUAAGAAAGGCGACUACGUCUUCGUUUCAGCGGCAGCAGGAGCUGUUGGUCAGAUUGUUGGCCAGCUUGCUAAGUUCACUGGCUGCUAUGUGGUUGGAAGUGCUGGUUCUGAUGAGAAGGUAAAUCUCCUGAAAACCAAGUUUGGCUUUGACGAAGCUUUCAAUUACAAGAAAGAGCAGGAUCUGAAUGCUGCAUUGCAGAGGUACUUCCCGGAGGGCAUCGACAUCUACUUCGAGAACGUGGGUGGCACAAUGCUAGAAGCCGUGCUGCUCAACAUGCGCGUGCACGGCCGCAUCACUGUGUGUGGGAUGAUCUCUCAGUACAACCUGGAGCAGCCAGAGGGCGUACGAAACCUGUUGAGCUUGAUCACCAAGCGUGUACGGAUGGAAGGUUUCCUUGUCUCGGACUACUUGGGCGAGUACCACAGGUUCGAGGAGGAGAUGGUGAGUUACCUCAAGGAUGCCAAGAUUGCCUAUGUUGAGGACGUCGCCGAAGGGCUUGAGAAUGCACCAGCAGCACUCAUUGGGCUCUUCGCAGGGCGCAAUGUUGGCAAGCAACUGGUCGCCGUUACCCGGGAGUAAUGUCAUGUUGCGUCGCUUUCAGCAACCAUGUUCUGCAUGCCCUAUCCACCUCGUUAUCUGACCAUUGCCCGCUCCUGCUCUCCGAGAGACGGGCGUCAAAUCCUUCAAAUUUGAAAAUUUUUGGACAAUGCUCCUGGAGUUCAGGGACACAGUAACACAGGCAUGGAAUACGCAAUCUCA